CUAUAAUAAUAAUCUCAAAAUGUCAAAAUCCCUGUAUGAUCUGGUUCUACUCUUUACCGCAACAAAAGCAGCUUUCAGCAUUCCAGCUAUUGUUCUAAAUUGUUCCCUAAUCUACGUAACUAUCAAAUCUAAAUGUCUUCGUAAAGGGUUAUGUAAUUGGCUUUUGGCUAUUUAUGAUGGCUGUUUGGUAGUUUAUCUGGCAACAUUCCCUUUAGCGUUAUUUCAACAUUUACUGACCAAAAGUGAUUUGAUGCCUUUUUGGAAAUGUUUCUUGCUUCAAUCAGUUCCCCUCACACUUUUUGCAGCUUCUUUCCCUUUUAUGUUAGCAAUCGCUCUAGACAGAUUUAUUGGAGCUGUAUUUCCGUUAAAUUCAAUAAGUUGUUCAAUGAUUAAUUUGCUUCUGAGCUAUCAACGAAUUAUGGCUAUAACAAAUAUCCUUUUAGAGGCCAUUGCAAUUGCAUUAUAUAUUGGAAUUGCAAUAAUUAUAUCGAGGAGGAAGGCUACUAUCAAAAAACUUAGUGAAUUUUGGCACAAUACCCAGUGCCAGAUUACCGGAAUUAUCCUUCAGACUAUGGUCGUUUACUUGGUCUUCAGAAUUUUCAGAUUUCGCCUACGGCGCUAAAUAAUUCUGGAUGAAGAUUAAGCCAAGAACUGGCUUUAGUUAAUCAAGAACCGGGGAUCAGUUAAAAACUGAAAUUUAGGACUAGAAAACCGGCCAUAACCGAAACCGGGGAAUACUGGUUACUAAACUGUAGUGAACAACCCUACUUUAAACAUUAAAUCUUAAUCCUUUUCCUCUCCUUAUAGCAUCAUUUGAUCGCCGUAUCUUUAAAUCCUUGUUUGCAAUUGCGUCAUUUGACUUUAUCGGAUGGACCAGCAAUUCUAGUGUAAUGAUUAUUCUUGGAUUUUUAAAUUUAGAUGCAUUGACUUAUUACAAAGU